GCUUACCAGCCGCCAUAAUGUCGUCCCAAGUGGCCAAAGCCGCCAGCAACGUGGUCAGCAUCGCCAAGAAGCAAACCGUCCAGUCGACUGGUAUCUGGGAGACCUUCCGCCGCUUCCUGGCCAUCGACCCCGAGCGCUCCAACGGUGUCCCUCUGAACCCUCACUUCCGCAACCCUCCCCCCGGCGCCAACGACCCUCUCCAGUACGAAGACCCCGUUACGCUGCCCGCUGGCGACAUCGCCGACAACCCCUACUGGAAGCGCGACAACCGCCGUAACUACCCCCAGCUCAGCGUCGUCAACCAGUCCCAGUUCGCCCAGCUCCUCACCAUCGGCAGCGCUGAGGCCCCCAAGGUCGAUCUCAUCGGCGAGGCCGGCGAGAAGCAGCUCGUUGCUGUGAAGCAGGAGUCCGAGACUGGUCUGGCCAAGGCUCUUGAGAAGGCGAGCAACGCGACCAAGGAUGUGUUUGUCAACGGCAUGCCUCCUCUGCCCAGUGGCCAGACUCUGAACACCGGAAAGUGGGAUGUGCACAAGUAUGAGCUUGAGGAGUCAUCUUAUGGUGAAGGAUACCCUUGCAGAUCAUUCAAAUAAAUUAGAAGCGAAGGAAGAUGUUGUGUAUACAAAUUAUGAGGUAGUGAGGGUAUAGAAUUUCCAUUGACAAUGCAGAUGACUUUCUUUUUUU